CCAAUCUUGGCUGUCUCAAUUGACAGUUUUACAUUUUUAGUCGCGACUAAACUGAAAAAUAAUUGCAAUAUACAGUGAUGGCCUUUUUAAAAAUUAUCAUUGUAUAUACAACAUUGUUUAUGGUCGCAACAUUAGUUACCGCGCAAGAUAAUAGCAUACCGAUUAAAGUCACUGAAAAUCAAUGGAUAGUUGAUGCCCAAAAUUCUAUAAAAAAUUCUUUGUCAAAAAUAGAAUCAUAUGGCGUAGAAAAUGAAAAAAUUAAGACGAUUACCAACGAAGCAUUCGAUACAUUUACAAAGUUCGUGGAAAAUGACCUGUCUAAAAUUAUUAAACAGGUCGAUGAUAUAAAGUCUGACAAGAUAUGGAUAUUAAAAAGUCAAUUGACUAAUUGGUUGGACGCUUUGCAAAGACUAAAUAAAGUUUCUGACGUGACUGAAAAAACGCCCGAUAAAGCAAUAGGAAAAUUUUACAUCACCAUCGAUUAUAUAUUGAACGAAGUUGUUGGAUUUGAUCAAAAUUUCAAUGACGAUUCAAUUGAAUCUGAUCAAAUUUUCGAUGAACUCAAAUCAUUGCUUAAAAACUCUGUUACUAAGUUGGUAGAAUAUGCAAGUUCCGUAGAGGAUCAAGUUUCCGGAAUUUCUAAAAUGUGAUGAAGCGUGAAAAAUAAAAUAUGUGUCUAUUAAUUAUUGUAGUUCAUGAUAAAAUUAGUGUUCACUCAUAACACAAUAAAGAAAUAAUUUUUUU